AUGGACGUGGCCGCGGGACCGGAGGCGCUGGAAAACUGUUUGAACCGCGGCUCUGUCAAUUGCGCCAAGAUGCUGGACGGGAUUAAAAUGGAGGAUCGCCCUCUGCGCUCGGGCCCCGCAACUUUGGGAGUCCUGCUGGGGUCCGAUUGCCAGCACCAGGCGGUUUGCGAGGGCUGCCAACGGCCCAUCUCUGACCGCUUCCUGAUGCGUGUCAACGAAUCUUCAUGGCACGAAGAAUGCUUGCAGUGCGCCGUCUGCCAACAGGCGCUGACUACCAGCUGCUAUUUCCGAGACCGCAAACUUUACUGCAAACAAGACUACCAACAAUUGUUUGCUGCCAAAUGCAGUGGGUGCAUGGAGAAGAUCGCCCCGACGGAAUUCGUCAUGCGGGCGCUGGAAUGCGUUUACCACUUGAGCUGCUUCUGUUGCUGCGUUUGUGAGCGUCAACUGCGAAAAGGGGACGAGUUUGUCUUGAAGGAAGGGCAACUUCUCUGCAAAAGCGAUUACGAGAAGGAGAAAGAUCUGCUCAGCUCUGUCAGUCCGGAUGACUCCGAUUCAGUGAAAAGUGAUGACGAGGAUGGGGACAUCAAACCGACUAAAGGGCAAGUGAACCCAGGGAAGGGUGGUGAUGAUGGAAAAGACCCAAGGAGGCCAAAACGGCCACGGACAAUCCUCACGACCCAGCAGAGAAGAGCGUUCAAAGCCUCCUUUGAAGUAUCUUCCAAGCCUUGUAGGAAGGUGAGGGAGACUCUGGCAGCUGAAACAGGUCUCAGCGUUCGAGUCGUGCAGGUCUGGUUUCAGAAUCAAAGAGCAAAGAUGAAGAAACUGGCUCGGCGGCAUCAGCAGCAGCAGGAGCAGCAAAACUCACAACGGCUUGGCCAAGAAGUAAUGUCUAACCGAAUGGAAGGGAUCAUGACGUCCUACACACCACUCGCGCCACCGCAACAACAGAUUGUAGCAAUGGACCAGAGCACCUAUGCCACUGAUCCUUUCCAGCAAGGUCUCACCCCACCACAAAUGCCAGGUGACCACAUGAAUCCUUAUGGAAACGACUCCAUUUUUCACGACAUCGACAGUGAUACGUCCUUAACGAGUUUGAGUGACUGUUUCCUGGCUUCCUCAGAAGUAAACUCCAUGCAGGCAAGGGUAGGAAAUCCCAUCGAUAGGCUCUAUUCUAUGCAGAGUUCCUAUUUUGCCUCAUGAAAGUCCGUGGAAACUCAACCGGGCAAGCCGGCCCAACUCUUCUGAACAGAGUGCCAACAUUGCGAGGGACUCCUUCCUGUUUCCCAGCUCAAAAAGACUCAUACAGCCAUAUUUUCUUCUUUUCCUCCACACUGACAUUGGACACCGCGAUGACAGGAGCAUCAAGUUAAGCGUCUGUCUGGCCCCGACAGGCAGACCGACAAAGGGUCCUCAUUCAGAAUGACAAAAUGGCCACCCAUCGCUCUCAAAAACGAGGUCACCAGGGUUGGACCAAGGAACGCCCUGGCUCCGUGGUUGGUUUCUUCUUGAACUCCAUCAUGGCAGACGCAAACACUUCUUGUAAGCCUUGCUUCGGGAUCUCUUUCUACGGUGCAGUGUUUCUCCAGGCUGCCUUUUGCGAGGUUGGCCAAGCUGAAGAAACAAACUGGAGAGAACUGCCCCUCUUCUGUUCUGCUUGUUUCACCUCCCGCCACAGACUGGCAACCCUCAGGAUUGUGAGACAUUUUGACAGAGCUGUGAUUCCUGUAGGAACGUUCCCAUUUCCCCUCACUUCUCCCUUUUCUUUCUUUUCCUCUCCAUCAAACCAAACCAAACCAAACCAAACCAAAAACAGCCACAUCUGUGGCCAUUAACUUACACAGGUAGUCCUCACUUAAUGAUCACAAUUGGGACUGGAAUUUUGGUUGCUAAGCAACGCAGUCAUUAAGCGACCCUGACCCAAUUUUAUGACC